GGUCAAACCGACGGGUAACUACCUUCUGUCAGUGUUUCUCUGCAGCUCCUGACGCUGGCUGGACUGAUCAUGGAGCUGUCUUGUGAGUCAGUGAGAUAUCCUGAGGACAGGAGACCGGCCAGUUGUAAGUAUGUGGAGCUCCAUGUGCUGUAUGUGCCAGAUGACCAGUGGGAUGUGAAGCUCAAUAAAGUUCCUGCAGAGGCCAUAGAGAGCUUCAUAUCUGCCGGCUUCAUCAGGGUUUAUCCUGACCUCACCCUGAAAACGCUGAGGAGCGAGCUGGGAGCUCUUCUGGGCGCCGAGAGGAGCGUGGACAAAUUCUCCUUCCUGAAAUGUGUGGGGCGCAGUCUGGCACUGGUCAAGAGCAAACAGGAGAGGGAUCUGAAAGUGAAAACAUUCGCUCCACCGUAUGCCCCGCAGCCGGAGCUUUACCUGCUGCCCUCUGUGGAGAGCGGCAGCAGUGUUUGUUCCCAGCCUCUCACCCCAGACACCAGCAGCAGCUCCUCCGACCACCAGACCUAUUACCACCCUCCCAAGACGUGCAGCCUGCCAGCAGGAACAAAGCCGCCCGUUAAAUUCCCCCUCAUCCCCCAGUGUUCCCAUCAGCCGCCUCCCACCCCCAGCCUGGAAGACGAAGAGGAAGAGGAGGAGGAGGAGGAGGAUGAGGAGCAGAGCUAUAGUUCUUCAGAGGCAGAAGGAGAAAACGAAGAGGAGGGUCCUUCUUCCAACAAUAUAGAGUGGGCAGAGCAGGAAUGUGGCCCAAGGAAGUCCCAGAGUCAGAGGGCACCACAGGCUGUUUCACAGAAUAAAGCUACAGCUGUACAACAGUGUGAUGCUGAUUCAGCUCACGGGAAAGAAGAAACCUGCAGGAAGAAGAAACAGCACCACAGGCAGAACAGAGCGGCCAAUGAUUCAGGAGUAGCUCUGUCUCUGGAGGACAGAGAUUCAGGCUUCUCGCUCACAGACGGGCUUGGGACUUCAAAAGACGCACUGAAGUCCACCAGGAAUAAACCAACAAGCGGAGUGACAGAAAGUCCAGCGGUGUUGUCUCGGCCAGUUCGGUGCACCUCUCCCCCUCCAGGUCUGCACUCGGUCACUCAAAAGGCAGAUGCCUUUCCCUUCUUUCAGGCAAACAGAGAGGAACUAAUCGAGGAAAUCAAGCUGGUGAGGGAGGAGAGGAAGCAGCUGGAGUGGACGAGGCAGGAGUUGCUAAGAAAGGGCAAAGAUCUGUUGGCUCAAAACAGACAUCGCAGGAACCAAGCACGUGACAGCUGGAAGAAGAAAUAUUUUGAAACCAAGAAGUCCACAGCACCAUUGGAGGAAAAUCUGAAAAACCUGCGGCAAGAGUUGGAGACGUUUUACAACAAACUUCUGCACCAGCUCCAGGCCAGAGAUAACAGAGGGAAGCCAAGACGACAGGGCAGAUCUUCCAUAAAGAAUGAACUCAUCAUUCAGAUCAUGACAGAGAGCCAUGAGAUUGACAACCUGAAGAGGAAGGUAGAGGAUGCCAAGAUGAAGCUGGUAACAGAGAUAAAGUUGAGGAAACAGGCUGCCACAGAACUGAGGGCCCUGAAGGCUGAGCUGGCCCAGAAGAAGAGCCAGUCCUCUCAUCCUGGUCCCACAGUCUCUUCAGGCUUUGGCAAUACCACACAUGACAGACCCCAAGUUCAAAGCACCUCCAUCUAACUCAGUACCUGUACAUACAGAGCUGUGAGACAGAUGGACUUUGUUACAUGUAUGUGUCGUAUGUUUAGGGAGAGUAACAUAAAAAAAAAAUGAUUUUGUGCAGCUCCACUUUCUACAUGACUUUUUCUUUUACUAAGUCUCAAAUUUCUCAGGUGCUGUAAGCUAGUUACUUAAAGAAGAACUCUACACCUAAAAUGGUGAAUGUACGUAAUUCCAAUCAUUUACAGAAUCAUCAGAAAAGUUUUAUUUAUGAAAAAUAUAAAGUGCACAGAU